GGGUUGGGAUCGUGGCCGUGCCGCUGACAUUUGCCCUUGUGGCUACUGCUGCCUGGGCAUGGCGGCCGGCCAAGGAUCUGCUAGUCCCCGAGUUCAGCGAGCCGCUAGACGUGGGUGAGGCCGACGACUCCGAGUUCGUCGCCGAGUUCUCCGACCCUACCGGAUCCACACACUACUACUCCAACUCCAACAGCCACACCGCUCCCGUGGCAUAUGACUAUGGAGUCAACCCUGCAAAGGCGCAGAGUGCGCGCUGCAUCCUAUGUAGCCCGAACCAGUGCACUCUGGACUACUCCGGUAGAGGAGCUUGGACUAGCUGUCCAGUUCAUGCGCCUUACUUUUCUGAGGCUCACUGCAAAUGCGUGAGCUCCAGGACAUGCCAAGAUACCUCGCCAGUGUUGCCCACAUGCAGCUUGUGCCAAGAUUGCGUCAAGAAGCCAUGUGUCGUCCAAGGACGAUAUCUGCAGUGUCCGCCGCAGACCCCAUUCUACAUGCCCAACAAGAAGCUCUGCUCUAGCAGCUGCCAGCCUGCCCCUGGCCCUGCGCCCCCACCGUACAAGCCCCCGCCCACUCCAUGGAUGGCGAGCACUCCACAACCUGGGCGCAUCACACCCCUCCCAAUGCCUGCGCCUUUGCCUACACCUUCCAUUUCACCUCUGCCGAGCCCUUCGCCUAGCCCAACCACCUGCAAAGAGGACACCGGGGGCAGUUGCAGCCUCUUUGGCUGCAGUUCGAGCCGUGGGAAGACGAAGUGCAAGAGUGGAAAGUGCGUGUGUGACACCAAGAAAGGCUACUGCGCGAAGAGCGGAAAGUGUGUGAAGACGAGCCACACCCAGCCAUACAGCCCCAGCCCAGUACCAAGCUCGACAUCCACGUGCAGAUUAGCUGACACAGGCACAUCAUGCCGAUGGUCCAGCUGUGACCCCAAACUGGGCUACUCAGUGUGA